GGGUCUCUAUGGGGUCCCUAUGGGUCGCUAUGGGUCGCUGUGGGUUGCUAUGGGUCGCUGUGGGUCGCUGUGGGUCGCUAUGGGUCGCUGUGGUGCCCCGCAGCUGGCUGGUGCGCACGGACCCGCGGGACGUGGCGCGGGUGGAGGCGCGCACGGUGCUGGUGACGGCGCGGCCCGAGGAUGCGGCGCCGCGGGCCUCCCCCGCGCCAGGGGGCGCUGUGGCGCACAGCCUGCUGGGCAACUGGAUGAGCCCCGAGGCGCUGGAGAGCGCCAUCGAGCAGCGCUUCCCGGGCUGCAUGGAAGGCCGCACCAUGUACGUGAUCCCGUUCCUGAUGGGCCCCCCCGGGUCCCCGCUGUCGCGCCCGGGGCUGCAGGUCACCGACUCCUCCUACGUGGCGGCCUCCAUGAGCAUCAUGACCCGCGUCGGGGCCCAGUUCCUGCCCUCGGCCGACGCCGCCUCGUCGCCCUCCUCCUCCGCCGAGGACUUUGUCCGCUGCCUGCACUCCGUGGGCAGGCCCCUCAAUGAGGCUCCGUCCAGCACGUGGCCGUGCGACCCGGAGCGGACGCUGAUCGCGCACGACGCCGCCGGGCGCCGCAUCGUGUCCUACGGCAGCGGCUACGGCGGCAACUCGCUGCUGGGCAAGAAGUGCUUCGCGCUGCGCAUCGCCGCCCGCCUCGCCCGCGACGAGGGGUGGCUGGCCGAGCACAUGCUGAUCCUGGGCCUGCGGGACCCGCAGGGGCGCAAGCGGUACCUGGCGGGCGCCUUCCCCAGCGCCUGCGGCAAAACCAACCUGGCCAUGAUGCGCCCGGCCCUGCCCGGCUGGAGCCUCACCUGCGUCGGGGACGACAUCGCCUGGAUGCGCUUCGACCACGAAGGCCGCCUGCGCGCCAUCAACCCGGAGCGGGGUUUCUUCGGGGUGGCCCCGGGCACGUCGGAGGCCACGAACCCGGUGGCCAUGGCCACGCUGCGCCGCGACGCCAUCUUCACCAACGUGGGGCUCACGGGCCACGGCCAGCCCUACUGGGAGGGCCUGGGCCAAUCGCUGCCGCCCGGCGCCCGCCUCACCUCCUGGCUCGGCCAAUCCUGGGCGCCGGGGGACCCCCACCCCUGCGCCCACCCCAACUCCCGCUUCUGCGUCCCCGCCACCAACUGCCCCAUCAUGGACCCGGCCUGGGAGGACCCGCAGGGGGUCCCCAUCGACGCCAUCAUCUUCGGGGGCAGGAGGCCCCACGGCAUGCCAUUGGUGCUGGAGGCGUUCAGCUGGCAGCACGGCGUCUUCCUGGGCAGCGCCAUGAGGAGCGAGGCCACCGCCGCCGCCGAGCACCGCGGCCGCCAGCUGCUGCACGACCCCUUGGCCAUGCGGCCGUUCUUCGGCUACAACGCGGGGCAGCACCUGGCCCAUUGGCUGGAGCUGGGGGCCCGCGCCGGCGCCCGCCCCCCCCGCAUCUUCCACGUCAAUUGGUUCCUGCGCGACCAAUCGGGAGGCUUCUUAUGGCCGGGCUUUGGGCACAACGCCCGCGUCCUGGCCUGGAUCUGCGGGCGCGUGGCCGGGGAGGCCGAGGCCGAGGCCACCCCCGUGGGGCUGGUGCCCAAAGAGGGGGCCCUGGACCUGCGGGGCCUGCCCGGCCUCAGCCACCGCAGCCUCUUCCCCAUGGACAGAAGCUUCUGGGAGCAGGAGACCAAGGAGCUGAGGAGCUUCUACGAGGAGAACUUCGGGCACCACCUGCCCAAGGAGCUGCUGCAGGAGCUGGAGGCACUGGAGGACAGGGUCAGGAGGAUGUAGGGGGCGAGCUGUGGGGCGGGUCGUCAUGGUUGGCCAAUGGCCAUCAGCACCCAUUGACCGUCAUGGGGUGAUGGAGGCCGUCAUGGUUGGCCAAUGGCCAUCAGCACCCA